UGCUGUUCUCCUAAAACAUGGAGCGAGUCCUCAACAUGAGAGCAAGUAUGGAUCACCAAUGGAGGUUGCCAAGCGAUGGGGUCACAGUGAUGUGGUUGAGAUGAUGGAAGAAGCCAUAAGAUUGAGAUCUCAUCCUUAUGUGGAGGGUCACAUGUUUGUCAUGAAACAUCAAUAUGAAGAGACAAUUGCUGAACUGCAGAGUGAAGUGGAGAAGAUGAAAGAAGAAUUAAGACAAUCAUCCCUGGUCCACGAAGUGAGGAGAUUGCGAACCGAGAUCCAAGAGAAAGAGAAGGAAAUGAGAUGGCUCAUGUCUGCUCUUGCUACUGUUAGCAGAAUGGCAAGCGAGAAAGUUGGUGAAUGUCACACGACUUGUGGCGAGUGUCACAUGUUGUCACAAGCGGCAGCUCCGCUGCCAGCUGUUCGUGUUAAGCCCAGUGGGACGUUGACACAAGCAUCUUCUGCAGCCGUGCCUCAAUUUGAGGCACUUAUUGACAAGUACGGUAUAGAGGAAGUCACUAAGGUCAUUAAAAGCAAUGUGUCCGGCUCCUUCCUUGAUAUCGGACUCGGUCUUGGCUUAAAAUGGGACCAAAUAAGUCAACUGAUCAAUCAUCAAGCCAAUGGAAGCGCUAGGCUUCAAGCCAUCAUCUCUGAAGUAGAAAAAUCUGAUGGCAAGAGACAGACGCUCAUCAGAGUUCUCUUGGUGUGCGCAGACUUGAAUCUCUUGGGCGGUAUUCGGGAUGACUUGCCCUACUAAGCUGGUGAUAUGAUUCACCCAACAUAAUGGUGUAGUUCGAUGACAAUGUUGUUGUGUGAUUUGUAGGGUAGCUUGAUAUUGUGCUGUGUCAGUGAAGGUUUAGCUAACUUGGUUUCAAAUUUCAAGUUUGUUUUCAUGCAUCUUUUUUGCUAUAUGUGCAAAGAAUUUGGCAAAAUUGAUUUAUAAUUUAAUUAAUUAACCUGUGA